AUACGCAAAAGCAGCAGCACGAGCAGCUGUCCCAGUGAUCGCGAUAUUUCCUAUCAAUACCGUACGCAGUUAGCCGAGACACAUCCAGCCACGGUGUACACGUCUUUUGAUUGCAUAAGACGUGGUAAGUGCAUUGUCGAGAUGCCAGAAGAGGAAGCGACUUCCACCGCCAAUGCCGAACAUGUGACAAAACAGCUCCAACCCACUGAUGAAAAAAGCAGAAAAUCUUUGCUGGCGCAAGCCUGUGCAGUUGGUGUGAAAAAUGUCCUGCUUUUGGGAUACGGCAUGACGUUGGGAUUUCCCACGAUUGUAAUUCCCGCAAUCCAAGGCGGCGAUGGCCGGGAACCUGCGCUCGAGAAAGAUGUCAUGCUGACUCGAGAGCAAAUUUCUUGGCUGAGCUCUAUCAAUUUGAUCUGUGUCCCACUAGGUAGUAUAUUUUCAGGGAUGCUUGCCCAACCGAUUGGCCGAAGGCGCGCUAUGCAGCUUAUCAACAUACCUAUCUUCGUUGCUUGGAUGCUGUUUCACUAUGCCAGUGAUGUCACGCUUCUAUAUGUGGGUCUCGCGUUGGCAGGUCUAAGCGGUGGACUUGGGGAAGCUCCGGUGUUAACAUAUGUUGCCGAAAUAACACAGCCAUGUUACCGUGGUAUGCUAGCUGCAACUGGUUCCACCUGUGUUAUUAUGGGUGUUUUGUUGGAGUUUAUUAUGGGUAGUUUUCUUAAAUGGCGAACAGUUGCCUUGAUCAGUGCAUCGGUACCAGUCCUAGCGGCUUCACUGCUUUUUCUUAUCCCGGAAAGUCCAGUCUGGUUGGCCAGCAAAGGAAGGCUCGAAGAAUCCAAAGCAUCGUUAGCUUGGUUACGCGGAUGGACUUCUAAGGAGCAGGUGGAAGCAGAAUAUUGCGAGAUAGAGCAUCAAACGAGAAAAGAUGCGGAAUUGCAAAAAGAUUAUACCAUAACAGAUAAAGCAAUGCUCUACACGAAACGAGCUUUCCUACAGCCGUUCGGAAUUAUAUUGCUGUGCUUCUUCAUCGGUCAUUUCUCUGGGAUGACCACGCUACAGACCUACGCCGUGCAGAUCUUUCACACGUUGAAAGCCCCCAUCAACAAAUAUUACGCCACAUGCCUUCUCGGUUUGACCGAGCUGAUUGGAACAUUGUUUUGUGUGUUUUUGGUGCAUCGUACUGGCAAGCGACCGCUCGUGUUCAUCUCUACAAUUGGAUGUGCCGUCUGCUUCUUUGGAGCAGCCAGUUAUGCAUACUUUCUUAAUGAUAUUCCCGGAUCUGCGGUCCAGAAUGUGGUAGCUAACGUAUCCUCCAUCAAGGCCGAUAUCACGGUGAUCCCUUUACAGUUAAAGGAAGUGAUAGCCGAAUGGCACCGCAACAGUUCUGAGAAUCAACUGUUGAACCUCACUCACAUCAAACAGCAAACAAAUGAAAGUAGAACUUUUUUAGAGCCGGUUCGUGAUCUUAAUGGCACAAUGAGCGGCAUUUUGUACGCUGCUCAGAGCUUCACCAAUUAUUAUCUCAACGAUAGUCUAAACGAUCCAGCUAACCUUACAAUCAGCUAUGGCGAAUACAUCAAGUCCGCCAUACCGAAGGAGGUUUUUGUUCCGCUACCACACGUUAACAAAAAUAAGCUCGUCUGGAUGCCACUUACCCUGCUCCUUGGUAGUGCAUUUUUGACACACAUUGGAAUUCGAUUGAUACCAUGGAUAUUAAUAGGAGAACUGUUCGCACCAAACGUACGUAGCGGCGGUUCUGGCUUGGCCGGAGGAAUUGCAUAUAUCUUUGGUUUCAUUGCCAACAAAACAUUCCUUAAGAUGCUUGCUAUCUUUACCUUACCUGGUACGUUUUGGAUUUAUUCAUGUGUUACGCUCAUCGGCGCCAUGAUUCUGUAUAAGGUCCUUCCAGAAACGGAGGGCAAAUCGCUACAAGAGAUCGAAACGUACUUUCUUUCUCCGAAUAAACUGUCCAAGAAACUAGACCAAGAAGCAGCAAUGCCACCUCGACCGGGUCCCAAAAUUUAUGCCAACGCUACCGGCCCUUCACAACCCCUUCCACCACCGAUCCCACCUAAACCGUAUCCGUUAAAGGACGACAUAGACAGGGCCCGUCGAAUUUCGCUUGUUCCUCGGCAAAUGUCGCAAUCGUCUCGCAAUACGACCGUGUCCGACUUUUCAGCGACUUCCCAUCACAGCCAAAUCUCUACCUAUCACAAUGAUACCGAACUGAGUCGUUCAUCUUCGUGGACUUCAUAUACACUGGAAGAAACUCACAAACAGCCACAACCGCAAGUAUUUAGAAAGUUAUCGGAAACCUCACCUACAACGAUUGAUCGAAGACAACUCGAACCUCAGACUAUGAAUGACAAGGACACGCCCGUAUCAGUACUAAACAAGACGAUUAACGUCUUUUCUUCAAGUGAUCAUCACUUACCUUCUACUAAGAAUUCCGCAGCUCAUGAGAAACAAGUUCUUAAGAGUGCAGCUGAAGUGAACCGCUCAAUACAAAAAACUCUGCCAAUGACUCGCCCUGUUCGAGCGCGUACGCAAAGACCACCGCCCUCGCACACGUUUGAUUUUCAAACCUGGGAAAGCAAUAAGAAAUUCGAAGAAUUUCUCGAACGAUGUCAGGAUAAAGGAUUAUCCCAAACAUCAACGAAUCGUGCUAUGCGAUAUGUAACAAGCGCACAUGAUUUGAAUGCGUACGAAAGAAUACAUCUCGCUGGUACAGGAGCGUCUUAUGGUGGAAACAUGCUGAAUGAAAGAAAACGUUUCAAUAGCUCUACCAAAUUAGUGAGCACCAGUAAACAGGUGGAUAUUCAACAUACCCCCCGGCAAGGCCUGAACAACGCCACAUUCCAACUAAGCUCUGACGAUGAAUCCACCGAUAUGUAAACCAUGAACCGCGCGCCUUUUUGCCUACGUGAUAAUGAAAAAAAACGUAAGUCACUAGUCAUGCUUUUGUAACAUGAUUGUUUGAAAUA